CCUAGAAGGAGCCAAGAAAUCUAUGCUAUGAACGACACAAUCUACUAAAUUUCGAAAUGCAAUUCAAUUCUGACUGAUUUUCAAAUCAGCGUUGUGUCUUGUUGAAUAGUCCGUACAGAACCUUGUUUUCGUUAACACGAAAAAGGGUAACGAUUGGUGAACAUGAAGGUCUUACUUGGCGCAACACAACUCGCGAAGAGAUCCGAUGUCACCGAGGAACACGGGAGGAGAGAUCUAAGAGACAAUCUCGAGUCCGACUUCAAGAAAGGUGAUAGCCCUGCAGAAUGGGCACCAGGUCAUCCUGUAGCUUGGGGCCAUGAACAAUGGAAGUUUUCCUCUGGAGAAGAGAAGAGUGUUACUUCCGUAUCGGCAACAUCGGACGAAAAAUACUUUGCUAUUGCAAUCGAUGACACUCUCGUAAUCUUCGAGGUUGAUGGGUACAAGCUGGCGUCUGUGCUAAAAACUGGCGACGGACCGAUCAAGAGUAUCGAAUUUGCCAGGAAGCCAAGCGAGGAUACUUAUGUACUUGCCUGUCAAUACGGCGAUCAGUAUGGAAGAGCCACAAAUGUCAAGAUCUGGCUCCUAGACCAGGACUGCAGAGAAAUUGAUCCGGACAAGAAAAUUGUGGUGGAGGGUUACUUGCCAACUUUCGCCCCUUCGGUUUUCAGCAGUGAUUGCAAAACUCUUCUUUUACUGGCCACCACCACGGAUGAAUGGGGCAGUCAUCUUGCUAUUGUUGCACUGGACGUGCAGACAGGGAAAGAGAAGUUUCGAAUGACAGGCCACACGGAUUCAAUUAUGUGGACAGGCUUCAGCCCAGAUGAUAAAUUUAUUGCUUCAGCUGCUUGGGAUAGGUACAUGAAACUGUGGUCGGGCGAAGAUGGAAAAUUCAUCAGGGACUAUGGGCCUACAGGUGCUCAAAAUUGGGCAUGCGCUUUUGACCCAGAAGGAGUCAACUUGGCGGUUACAACUGGGGCCCACAGAGCACUUAUGUGGAGAAUAGACGAUCCUCAGUCUUUCCCCAUCGCACUUGCGGGAAAGGUUGGAUGGGAGCGAGUCAUUUCUAAUUCUCCCGAUGGCACGAAACUUGCGAUCGGGUCUGCAGACGGAAGAUUGAUGGUCCACGAAACCAAAGCUAUGACUUUGAUUCAAGUUUGGCAACUUGGAGCCGAAAUUGGAGGGUCAAGAUGGUUGAAAGAGGUGACCGAGAUCAAGUGGCUCGACAACGGAAAUAGAAUUUCUUGGACCCCUAGUGAUGGCAGCUUACAGAUGUAUGAUUUUGAGACCAAUAUGAAGUGGAAAUGGGCAGCUGGAAAAGAAGACAAAUGGAGACGUGGAGCUUGGUUUAAUACAGUCGUCUUGUUAGAAAGGAAAGGCUUGAUUGGGAGUAGAGACCAAGAUGGAGCUUUCAGGAUGUGGAAAAUCCCAGAGAAGUAGGCAUAGUCUGUCAUGGGAGUAGCUAUGUUUCACCAAUUGUCAACUUAAUCAGGGGACUGCCCUCAGAACAUA